AUGGCCAAGAUCAAGCACAUUGCCAUCACCUGCGAGGACCCGGACGCGGUGGCAAAGUUCUACAAGGAAGGCUUCGAACUCUUCGAAGUCGCCCGCAAUGCCCGGCAGGUCCAGCUUUCCGACGGCGACAUCAACCUGACCAUUCUCAAGUGGAAGACCGACGAGGACGCCGACGUCGGCCCAAACGGCGAGAACUACAGCGGCAUUCACCACAUCGGAUUCCAGGUCGACAACCUGGAGGAUACGGGAGCCAAGCUGCGCGACAUUGACGGCAAUGAAAUUGUCCGCCGGGAAGUGGCGGGGGACGGCGAACCGCGUCCGCCUCGGGCCGAGGAGAAGUGGUCGGGUCCCAACGGGCAGGUCCUGGACAUAUCGGAGCCGGGUUGGCUCCACAAAUUGCCCAUGGAUUAGGAACGAAAAUCACAGACCUAGCCACACAACUCGCUUCAAGGGAUUGGACCAUGACCGUGCAACACCUAAUGCUUAAACCUUGUAAAAGAUGCAAAGCAGUGAAGCCGGUUGCCGAAUUUGGCAGGCAUUCUACCCAGGCGGACGGUUACAGGCGUCGUUGCAAACCCUGCGAGACAGAACUCAGGGAGCGACGUGAGCAGAAAAAGGCGAGACGGGCAAAUUACGAACAGGAACGGGAAGCGCACCGCGCAAUCAUACCGCAGCCAGAUUAUGCCCAAUGCCGGAAAUGCAACCUUCAUGAUUGGCGGGCCAGAAUAGAGCAGAACGGGGGUUACUGCGAUGCUUGCCUGCCAGACGCACAAAUGCCGCAGGCCAGCCACCGAUGCCCGCAGGAUGGUAUACCCCUCGCCCAAACUCUGGGUGGGUACGGGAUGGAUGAUGGCGACUGGCGCGCCCUGUUCGAGAAGCAAGGGUGCAGUUGCGCGGUUUGCGGCGGAACCGACCCGGGCGGGUCAGUUUGGCAUACUGACCACGAUCACGACGUUGAGCGCUUGCUGGGCGCGGUUUUUGUUCGCGGGAUUCUUUGUAACCGAUGCAAUGCGAUGUUAGCAAC